AUGACACCCCUGACGACGACGACGACCACCAACCCGAUGAACUCCGACGAGUUCCGCCGUCAAGGCCACAUGCUGAUCGACUUCAUCGCCGACUACCACAGCAACAUCGAGCAGUACCCGGUUCUGAGCCGGGUCAAGCCCGGUUACCUCCGGCAGCUCCUCCCGCCGUCCGCUCCAUAUGAAGCCGAACCCAUUGAAGAAAUCAUGAAAGACAUCCAAACCCACAUCAUCCCCGGGAUCACCCACUGGCAGCACCCUUCCUACUUCGCCUACUUCCCUUGCAGCUCCAGCACCGCCGGGAUCCUCGGCGAGCUCCUCGCCGCCGGGUUCGGCGUCGUAGGGUUCAACUGGGAGGCGUCUCCGGCGGCGACCGAGCUCGAGACCAUCGUGAUGGACUGGUUCGGGGAGAUGCUGAGCCUUCCCAAGCCCUAUCUCUUCUCCGGUGGCGGCGGAGGGGUCAUCAUGGGGACCACCUGUGAGGCCUUCAUCGUCAUGCUCGUCGCCGCCAGGGACCAGAAGCUGGCGGAAAUAGGGAAGGACAAGAUCGGGAAGCUGGUGGUUUACUGCUCGGAUCAGACUCAUUGUGCUCUUCAAAAGGCCGCCAAGGUCGUCGGAAUCCGGCCCGGGAACGUCCGGGCCGUCGCGACGACGAGGGCCGCGGCGUUCGCGCUGUCCCCGGACUCCCUGGAGUCGGCCGUCCUGGCCGACGUGGAGAUGGGGUGGGUCCCGCUGUUCCUCUGCGCGACGAUCGGGACCACCUCCACCACUGCUGUGGACCCACUCAAACCUCUUUGCCACGUGGCAAAAGAGUAUGGUAUGUGGGUCCACGUGGACGCUGCCUAUGGUGGCAGCGCCUGCAUAUGCCCGGAGUUCCGCCACGUCAUCGACGGGGUGGAGGGGGCGGACUCGUUCAGCCUGAACGCGCACAAGUGGUUCUUCACCACGCUGGACUGCUGCUGCCUGUGGGUGAAGAACCCGGACGCGCUCAAGAGAUCCCUCUCCACCAACCCGGAGUACCUCAGGAACCAGGCCUCCGACUCGGGGGGAGUGAUAGACUACAAGGACUGGCAGCUCACCCUGAGCCGGAGGUUCCGGUCCCUGAAGCUCUGGAUGGUGCUCCGCAGCUACGGGGUGGCCAACCUGAGGAGCUUCCUCAGGGGCCACGUGGCGAUGGCGAAGGCGUUCGAGAAGCUCGUCGCGGGGGACGACAGGUUCGAGGUCGUCGUCCCUCGACGAUUCGCGAUGGUCUGUUUCAGGAUGACGAGGACCACGCCCUCGUCAGAAGGCAGCGACGACGACGACGACGGCGAUGAAGGUGCUAAUAAUUUGAUGAACAAGAAGCUGCUGGAGCGGGUCAACGGGUCGGGUCGGGUGUUCAUGACACAUGCUUUGGUGGGCGGGAUUUACUUGCUGAGGUUUGCUGUUGGUUCUACUCUCACGGAGGCUGAGCACGUGAUGGAAGCUUGGAAGGUGAUUCAAGAGCAUGCCGAUGCCAUCCAGGGUGAUUACAAACACCUAUAUUAA